AUGGUGGGCAAAUCUGCGAAUAAAUUCGCCGUAGAGCUAUCUCGAGUGCCAAAACGCCGCGUCGCCCAAAAAAUGUCGCUGCAAACGCUGAAUCCCAAAGCCGAGAGCAUUCGUCGGGCAGCUGCACUGCAGGUCAACACGAAUGGCGCGAUGGGUCUGGCCAAGGUCGUCAAUACCAACCUCGGUCCGCGAGGGUCAUACAAAAUGCUAGUUGAUGGGUCGGGCCAGAUAAAGAUAACGAAGGACGGGAAAGUGCUGCUCUCCGAAAUGCAGAUCCAAAACCCAACGGCGGCGAUGAUCGCGAAGACGGCGGUGGCGCAGGAUGACCAGGUCGGCGAUGGGACGACGAGUGUGGUGCUUCUCGUUGGGGAGCUGCUCAAGCAGGCAGAUCGGUAUACCUCGGAGGGAGUCCAUCCAACUGUAAUCGCGGAGGGCUUUGAUCUGGCCAAAAAAGAGGCGUUGGCGUUCCUUGAAACUUUCAAGCAGGGCAUCAAGCUUGACCGUGCUACCCUCAUCAAUGUCGCCAAUACCUCGCUGGCGACAAAACUUAACGCGCCGCUCGCGAAACAACUUGCGGCAGACGUGGUCGACGCCGUCACCACCAUCCGGCCCCCGCCACCACCGAAAGAUGCUGCUGACCAGUGGCGGGAUCCGAUAGACUUGCACAUGGUGGAGAUCAUGAAAAUGCAACAUCGGACAGCAUCGGAGACACAGCUCAUCCAAGGCCUUGUUCUAGAUCACGGCGCGAGGCAUCCCGACAUGCCCAAACGACUGGAAAACGCGUUUAUCCUCACUCUCAACGUCAGUCUCGAAUACGAGAAGACCGAGGUUAAUUCUGGGUUCUUCUAUUCCUCCGCAGAGCAGCGGGAAAAGCUGGUUGAAGCGGAGCGCCGCGUCGUCGACCAGAAGGUCAAGAAGAUAGUCGAGUUGAAGAACCUUGUCUGCGAUCAAGCGGUCGAGAGUAAGGAGAAGCGUAAAACCUUCGUGGUCGUCAACCAGAAGGGUAUUGACCCGCUCAGUCUCGACAUCCUCGCCAAAAAUGGGAUAUUCGCCGUCCGCCGCGCCAAGCGACGCAACAUGGAACGUCUGCAACUCAUCGCUGGCGGCAUCGCACAAAACUCUGUUGACGAUCUGACGCCCUCCAUCCUGGGCUGGGCGGGCCUCGUAUACGAACACACCCUCGGCGAGGAAAAAUAUACCUUCAUUGAAAAAGUCAAGCAGCCCAAAUCGGUCACGCUGCUCAUCAAGGGCCCGAAUGCCCACACAACGACCCAGAUUCAAGAAGCGCUGCGUGACGGGCUGCGGGCAGUAAAGAACGCGCUUGAAGACGAGUCGCUUGUGCCUGGCGCGGGCGCAUUCGAAAUUGCCUGUGCUGCCCAUCUUGUAGAGAAGGUGAAGAAGAAGGCAAAGGGGCGGGUCCAGAUGGGUGUACAAGCAUUCGCGGACGCGUUACUGAUAAUACCGAAAACGCUCGCCCAAAACGCUAACCACGAUGUUCAAAGCGCCAUCGUCGCCCUCCAGGACGAGCACUCGGACGGCAACAUCGUUGGCAUUGAUCUUGCCACGGGUGAGCCCUUUGACCCCACAGUCGAGGGUAUAUGGGACAAUUACCGUGUAAAGCGGCAGAUGCUCCAUUCAUGUUCGGUCAUCGCCGUCAACCUCUUGUCGACUGACGAGAUUUUACGAGCAGGGCGAAGUUCACUCAAGGCGGACGGGCCAGGGCCACAAUAG